AUGGUGGGAUUCUUCCGAGAUCCUGAUCAACGGAUACUGUCGGCUUACUAUGACGAGACUGAGCCGUUCGCAUCGCUGAUGUUCCACCUGACUGCCCCGUGGAUGAUAGGUCUCGCUGACUUGGUGAUUGCCACUGGCUAUUGCAACGAAGAUCUCAGAUAUCUUAUUGUCGGAUUGCCAAAGGUACCUGUGCUGGAAUUUGCAGAGGCGUGGAAAGGAGGCAUGACAUAUCAGCUGGUGACAGAGGAUGACCACGGAAUUCCCACAACUACCCCAAACCGCACCAAAGUGACGCCCGCGGAUGGCUUAGAGGCAGCCCGAAGAGUUCGGGAGGGCUUCGCCUUCGUGGGCAUCACAGAGGAAUGGGACUUGUCCAUUUGCUUGUUCCACAGAAUGUUUGGGGGCCCAUGCUUGGGUUCAGACUUUGAGGAUACGCGCCCGUCUUCUCCAGGGAAGUCCGCGCACAGCGAGUACAACACGUCCGCGCUAAUGGGCUGGCAUGACGAUAUUGAUGAGAUUGUAUAUGAAGCCGCGCUGGAGGUGUUUCACAAAAAUCUUGUUCUGUACAAUGUUUCUCAUGACACGUGCCAGGAGUGCUACCGCAAUGCUGGAAUAGGAGAUUUUGCUUGA